AAACUAUCGAAAUUGCAGAUAAUAUUUGUGGAUCAUGUGUUAUCUAAAGAUACGAGAUGGAUAGUAUUAACUUUGCAUACGGUUCGUGACUUAAUUUAUGCAUUAGUUCUUCUAACAUUAAAUAUAAGCGAUGUCUUUGUAAUCAAUAACCGCUAAAUAAAUAAACAUUUAGUAAAAUAUGAAAUAUCAUAAAUUGAUUACAAAUGGAAUAUAAACAUAACACAGCUUUGUGUAUGAUGUAGAUAAUUGAAUGACUUGUACAGGAAGCACAAUUGCAUAUAAAUAUCACAAACAAAAAUGGUAAAGAUCUGAAAUUUUCAACUAAUACACAAUUGAAUUAGCACUUUAUCAACUCUGUACUUUGAACGUGAGAUUUUAAGAUUAUUUUAUUAGUAAGAACAUAUUUAUAAACAUGCCAUAGCAUGCCUUUCAAAACAUCAUCACAAUUGCAAGGGUUAUGAACUUUCAAUCCGAUCAUAUCACACAAUAUAUAAUCAACUUCGUUCACUUGCAUUUUUACAGUGUGCGCUCCAGUUAAUUUUGAAGUAAUUUUAUCCGUAAUAUUUAAAGUGUUAUCAAAUAAGUUUCAAACACUCAUUUCUGAUCUUUUUUGAAAAAUAUACCCGUUCUACAACCAAUGGAGCGUUGUGAUGCGAACACGAUCUAGAUUUUUAUUGUGUACAAUUAAUGGUGCUUAAUGUCAUACUGACUUUGGAGUAAAGGACACAAAGGCGUCAAUUUGUUUUCUUGAAAUGACACCACGUAACCAGAUUAUUGAAUAAGAAGAAAACAUUUCUUUCGACACAUGGAACGUCAAUAUUACUCAUAAAAUAGGAUUUUAUUAAAGUAUAUGUUCUGCUAAUGAUACGUCAAUGAUGCUUCUCUUUUAAAAAAGGAAUAUAGUAAUAACAAUACAAACCUUGUUAGACUUAUGAUCAGUCUUUGAAUAAAGAAGAAAAAGGAUAAAUUUAUUAAUUUUUAAUUUCCACAUUUUAUCUUAAUAACUGGCCAUGCACAAAACAUUUCUGAACCAUUUAUCAAUUCACUAAUUUAUUCAGUCUUUCUUUUCUGAAUAACACACAAGAACCAUAGCAUCCAACGAAGAUGAGUUCUUCAAUUGACCUUGGAAGCGACAGAAGAGACCAUUUUGAAUUGUCAUUAUCGGGCAGCAAAAAAUUCAACAGAAGUAGUAAAACUGUUUGUGCAAUAUGCUUGGACAAAUACAGAAACCCAAAAUAUUUAGAAUGCUUACAUGCGUUCUGUGAACAACCAUGCCUACAGCGUCUGAUUGACAGAUCGGAGAACAACAUUUUUAAUUGUCCCUUAUGUCGACGAAGUUAUAAUGUGCGGACCUUUGAAUGUGUAACUUCAGACUCUACAGCAAAUGAAGGCGUGCCUCUGCUUGGCGAAAGAACAGAGCAAAGCACAUCAGAGGUAUCAUGUCGUCAACUAUUGUUCUCAUUAUGCGUUUUAGUUGCCAUGAUUCAUUUUGGUAUUAUAAGCAUUGCUAGAGUUGUAUUAGGGAUUUAUUAUUAUGGAUAUACAACGAGACUGCCUGUUUAUCAAAUUGCAAAAGGAAGCCUAGACAUUCUAAUUGCAAUGUCUUACAGCAUCAGAAAGUAUACGAAAGUUUAUAUUGUAUUAUUAUUGUUGGCUAUUUCUACAUUGUGGCUUAUAUAUGGCACGAAGGAGGCAUGGCAGAAAGACGACGACAGUCAAUAUCAUUUUCUAACAGUAUUUUCUCGCUAUUAUGUUGUUGCUGACGGCAUAAUGAUCGUCAUGAUUUUCUGUUUUUUAGGAUGUAUAAGUGAACGAACAAGGAAUAUCCUUACCGAAAAUGUAAACAUGUCACAUGCGUCAAUGGAUUAUUCUUGAUCAUAUAAAUUAUAAAUGUUCAAUAUUCAGAAAUCCUAUCAGAGCAUGUAGAGCAAACCUUUCUCAGAGACAGCCGUGAGAUAAAAAAAUAUUAAAUUUUGACUGAGAUGCUUUAUCUUUUUAUAAUACUAGACAUUUAUUUAUUUAUUAAAAUGAUGAAAAUAUCAUUCAUUCAAAUUAUCCAUUAAAUCGUUUAAUCUAAUUUUAAUUUAAAUAAAUAAUUUAUUAUAUAAAACAAUAUACUGAAGAAGAUAAACGUUCUGGCCUUUUUGCCCCUAAUCAAUUUUGAAAAACAACAACAAAAAUACACAAAAUAUAACAAAAAAAAACGAUGCUGGACUUUAUAUGAUAUAUUCGAUGCGCUUAUAACGACAUUAAAAUGCUUGGGACAGGCGAAUCACAAUGAGCAAUGGAAAAUGUCCAGAUAUUGUAAAUUGAUAGAUUUAGAUAUGAUUUUAAAUUGCGGUUCUCAUUACCCAAACACCAUAACGAAUUCUUGCACAAACUUAUUUUGAAAUAUACUUUAAAGGCUUUCGUUAAAGUAUGUGAAAAGAAUGUGGUUUAUUCUGA